GCCAGAAGCGUUCGUUCGCGUACCUACUUUGCGUCGUUUACCGCUGCUGUCAUUAGUUUGAGGUUAUCUAUGAAAAUUGAAAAUUUUUGUUAUUCUUGAUAAUACAAACAAACAUCGACGAUGUGGUACUUAACUUCUGACAACGAUCCUAGAAUACUGUAUGUGACACCGAAUAAUGAAAUAACCAUAGGAAGAAGCGUUGAUGCGCAGGUUUGCAACUUUGCUAUUUCUGAUGAUGCAUCGAUCAGUAGAAAACAUGCGACUCUGGCAGUUACGGAGAACAAAUUGUAUUUGCAAGACAUGGGAUCGAGAUACGGCACUUUUGUUAACAACAUGACUGAAAAAGUUGGUGAUUCGAAGGUGAAGCUAAACAACAAUGACAUUGUAAGGUUUGGCAAAAUCAACAGCGUCUGGAAGGUCCAUGCAACGAGUUUAGUUACUUGUACAUCUACUCUUAAAGGUGAGAGCUUACAGAACUUGAAGCUGUGUUUGAGUAACUUGGCAGGAACCUUCAAAAGUGAGUGGGAUGACACUUGUUCAUAUUUAACAAUGCCUGCAAUUACUCUCACCAUCAAAGUUGUCCUAGCAUUAGUGCAAGGUUCCUACAUUGUCACAACUGAAUUCUGGAGCAAGUGUGUGGAUGCUGUGAAAAAUCAAACAUCACUACCAGAUCCCUGUAAAUUCACACCUCAUGUGGUGGAGUCUACACUGAACAAAGAAAAUGUUUCUUUCUUUCCAAAUGCAGAGAGAAAAUCGUUGUUUGCUGGAAAAACAAUUAUUUUCUUCUCUAGAAGACAACUUGACAUGUACAAAACUGUAUUGACACAAUGUUCUGGCACUGCUUUAUUACUGAGUGAAACACAGAUGUCAAAGUCUUCUCUCUGUGAACAAAAUAAGAUAGUGAUCCAGUAUAAUUUGACCAAUAAUACUUCUCAAGAAACACAAGCACAAAGAAAUCAAAUCAAUGACAUUAUAAACUAUUUGAAAAGUAAGGGAAAGAGAAUCAUUGCAGAUGCUGAGAUUGGAUUAGCUGUUCUCUAUUGUUCAACUGAUAAGUAUUGCAAUCCAGAUUUCAAUUUCUCAACUGAAGUAAUAAAACAAACACCUGCUCAAAACACUAAGCCAGGACAUGUUCUGGCUCAAGAAUCUCAAGAACCAACACAAAAAAUCAAUAAUGAAAAUGUUGUGAUAAAUGAAACUUUGACACCUGCAAGCUCAAAAAGGAAAUUAGAAGAUGAUGAUGAAGCAAAAGCUAAUAAAAAAUUUGCCUCCAAUGUUAGCCACUCACCUAUAUCUAAUAAUGAAAGUGUUAAAAGGAAAUUUAGCGAUGACAGCAAUGAAAAUCUGAACCCAAGUAAGAAGAUGGCUGUAGACAAUGAUGAUGAUAUCUUUAAUUUCCAGAACAAUUCACAUGAAAAUGGUAAUGGAGAUAAAUCUGAAAAAUUACUGAAUUUUAUCAAACCAGUACAAAACAAACAAAACAAUGGAAAUGAUGAGGAUGAUUUGUUUAACUUUGUUCAAGAUGAAGAAAAGAAUAAGGAAGCCGGAGAUACAUCAAAUAAUACAAUGUUCAAUAAGAUUAAUUAUAUUAAGAAAGAGAUGGAUGCUGAGAGUAUUCAAGGGAAAAAGCGCAAGUUAGAUGAUAGUGUAGACAUAUCAGCUUUAAGGGGUUCAAAACUUAAAGAACUUAUGGAAAAUCAGGCCAAUUGGUCAUCAGAUUAUAAAAAUGUAAAAGUUAAGAAAGAGGAUCCUGAUGAAUUAGACGUCAAAAUGAAUGAUCUAGAUUUAGGUACAACUAUAAUAACAGUGAGAAAAAAUUUAAUUGUCAAAAAGGAACCAAUUCAAAUUGAAGAAUCAGGUGAUCAAGGGGGAAAGCCUAAGAACUUCAAGAAAUUCAGAAAGGUGUGGCCUGUUAAGAUGCAGGUUACAGUAAUCCCCAAGUCAUCCAUGAGCAUUGUCAUUCCAGAUUCACUUGCUGAAGAGAUUACGUCACAAAGCUACUAAUUUCUAUGUUAUACAAUACUUUUUUAUUCUUAUUAAUUAGUUUAAGUACAGUACUUGUUUUGUAAACAAAUAUUCUAUUAUGACUCUUGAUUUUAGCAUGAAUGGAAAGGAAUAGCCACUAUGAUAAUUAUUUUGUAUAAUUACAUUUAUUUUCAAUAGUAACAUUUGAUUCACUAA